AUGCGGCCGGGACCCGUGCUCCUCCUCCUGGGCCUGGGCCUGAGCCUGAGCGGUGGCCCUGGCCGCCGCCCGCCGACCCCGGCUCCUCGCGGGGCCAGCGCCACCGUCCCCAGGGUGCCCGGCUCGCCGGGCGCCCGGGGCCUCGGGGUGCGCGGCGUCGGCGUUGGCGGCGGCCGCGCCCGCCUCAGCCUACGGCCCCGCGCGGCCCCGGUUGGCGGCGCCAUCCUGAGCGGCGGCCGCGACCUCUGUCUGCGGACCGGGCGGCUCACAGGCCCGGCUCCGCGCUGCCUCCGCGCGCACGUCCUGCGGCGCGCCCGCCGCGCUGCCGCCGCCGCCGCCGCCGCGCCCGCCCGCGUGGACCUGCAGCCGUCGGCGCCCGGCGGCCGGCUCUCCCUGCGCUGGCUCGCCCGCUUGCCGCGCUCCCUCGGGCGUCUGGAGUGGACCUUCCGCCUCGGGCUGCUCGGGCCCACGGUCCCCACGGCCGCCGCUGCCGCCGCCCGCGUGUCGCCCCGCUCGGCGGUGUCGCCCCUUUCGGCUCUGCCCCGCGGCCCACGCUCCUACGCGGGCUUAGUGGCCAGAACCAAGUGUCCCACGGACGGGCCCACGCCUGUCGUCUUAGAGGCUGUCAACCCGAACAGUUCCCAAGCCAUGGAGUCCUCGGUGUCCUGUCAGAUAUCGCGCUCGGGGGUCUGUGUGUUGGAUCUGGUGAGGAUCGAAAGGAAUGACGAUUCUCCCCUGCAGCUGACCCGGAAGAUGGAAGUCACCAUCAAUGCCACGGUUAAGGCCCGCUGCCCAAUCCAGAGGUUCUUUGGUCAGUAUUGGAAACUCUAUUCCGUGGCCUCUGUAUCUGACAAGCCGGACUGGACUAAACCUUUGCAAAACCCACCUUUCAAGUCAGAGAGCACUCCAUCAAGUGUACGUAUCUCCGCGCAUUCUUUAUCUUGGGGGGUGUAUCUGCUUAAUUUCUCCGUGUACAUCGUCACAUAUGAUCCAAAGAUACCUCUGAAGAAAGACUCAGAUUCCAUCUAUAUCAUCAUUGUUAAAAGUCCCCUGCAGGCGGUUAUUCCUGGGGAUACCAACAUCACAGUUAAUUUCACAGAUGGGCUGACUCUGAAUGGAAAUAUGUCCUCUGAUCCAGAUGCAGAAAACCCUUUAGAGGGACUUCAUUUUUUUUGGUACUGUACCACAGACCCAAGAAACUACGAUGGCCAUGAAAUUACAGUGAGGAGCAAGGAAGUCUGUCUCCCAGAGCAGGUUGAUCUCAGGUGGACAUGGGCCUCUGGUCCUAUACUCACACUUUCGCCGGAAACACUUCACGGCGGCCGUGUGUAUUUUUUCAGACUGGUGAUCCGGAGGAACGACAGAACAGCAUUUAUUGAUAGGACAGUGCAUGUGCUCCAAGGACCGACACCUGUAGCAAGCAUUUCAUGUAUUGAAAAUUGUGAUACAGUUUUGAUUAUAUCAGAGAGAUUUUCUUUGUCUCUAGAAUGCCCACGUUGUAAAGCAGGCCGUGAUGUCUAUCGAUGGUCCAUUCUGUCGUCUUCAGGUGAUAAGAUGCCAUUUGAUUGGACGGGGCAAACAACAACAGGGCGGAAUGGUGCAUAUUUGUCUGUAAAAGCUUUCGCUUUUCGGCGUUUCGUUGAAGAUAAGUUUUGGAUUUCUCUAAGUCUAGCAACCUGGGGUGGAUCGAGCUUGGUCUUAAGGCAUCCCUUCGUUAUUCACCACGUCCCUGAAACCACAGAAUGCAAAAUUGAUCCAGCUGAAGGAAUUGCAUUCAUUACUAAAUUUGUUGUCCAUUGUAGUAGUUUCAAGGAUAAGAACAUCGUUCUUACAUAUAAAAUAAUAGUUCCUGAUGUGCGUGGUUUUGGUGAAAUCAGUUCUUUAAAAGAGAAUAACUUUGGGUCCAUCCUCUAUUGGGGGAAGGAUUGCACAGCGCCCCCUUCCUUUCUCCCUGUUGGUGUGUUAGCCAAUCAUUAUGCCUUGAAAAUAUACGCUCAGGCAUAUAAUACCUCUCUGGGAGCUUUUUCUCAGGUGACUUUGUACGCCACUGUACAGGCUCCCACUGACAUAAACUCAUCAAGGACUGUGCUGCAGGAGUUAUUCAAUUCCACUAUGGGACCAGAUUCAUCACUGUCUACUUUGCUUCAACAGCAGGAUUUUUUACCUGCAGGUUAUUUAAUGUAUAUUGUAGCUUCUGUCUUGAAUAGCAUGAAAACCGACUCACAUCUGCAAGCUGACCAAAUUAGACUCCGAGAACACCUUUUCAAUCAGUCUUUCAUUCUUCCUGUAAACACUUUGGUGGAAAUUAGCCAGGUGGUCAUGACUGUUACUAAAUUAACGCAGAAAACCUCUGAGUUCUCCUCGCUUGCUCAGAAACUGGCCACGGUGAGGAUUUGGCAAGCAAGCCAAGCCCUCCAAGAGUGUCACCAGAGAGAUAAGCACAUUUCUUCUGAGCAAAUAGAAAGUGUGAGCACUGGAAUAUUAACAAGUUUGUCUAAUAUCCUGAAACUGAUGGUUCGUCAUGAAGUGGUCGAAGAGCCUUUCCAUGUCAUCGAAUCUCUAGCAGAGACAGUAUUGGCUGUAAAAGUGCCAGAGGAUAAGACCACUGCAAUGAGGACGUCCAACUUUAACAUGUAUGUCAAGAAAACGGAAAAGUGGAAUGUUACCAAGUUUUUCAGCACUGAGAAACACUGUCGAAAUUGUUUUUAUCCAACCCUAAACGUGAGCAGCGUUCCUAGUCUGCCUGCCAACGCUCCAAUUUCUACAAUGUUUUGUGAGUUUGCAGAUGACCCUUUCCCUUGGCUAAAUUAUGGGGAAAACAUUUUGACCGAGGUGGUUGGAUUCCGAAUGACAGGAACCGAGGCCACCGGUGACGUGAUUGAGAUCACACCUGAUGUAGUGGAAGUGUACCUCAUCAGAAAAAACUUGAGCUUUGGGACUUUUAAUCUCACGGUGGGCCCCAGCAAGGAGUCUCCUAAAGCGAAUGAGUCGUUGAGAAAGACGACGGGGGCAUUUAGCUUUGACGUGGACAGCAGAGCAGGGAAGGAGGUGUUGAUCCACAUUGUGACGGAAGUGGCCGUGUUGUUCACGGUGUUGGUGUAUGCUGGCCAUCAGAUCACACCCACCGCUUUGAUCGCCACCUACCUCGUGCCCCAUCGCAUCCCCCCAGUUGCCCAAGACAGUGACCUGUUUGACCCUGACUGUACAGUGGCGGAGGCCCGUGUGGUUUGCCUUCCCCCAUCCCUGUUGCGGGUCAUAGCUCAGCGAACCAGCUCCUCUGAGUGUACCGUCGCUGUGGUUCUGCAGGCACCUCAUUUUGUCCUAAAGCCCAGUGACAAGUUGGUGAGAAUUUCUGUUUUCAGCACUCAGUGCUUGGACAUGUAUGGGAUCCAGAGCGACUGGAGAGAAGACACCUGCGCUGUCGGAGAGAAGACCACCUGGCAGAAAGUGCACUGUAUCUGCAAGAACCCAGGGCGGGCCAGGCGGCAGCUGGACGCAAUGAAACUAGCCAACCUUCACCUGCGUACCCACUAUUUGACGGCCAAGGUGAUCGUGGUCCCUAACCCCGUGGAUCUACGAUUAGAGGUCAUCAAGAACGUUACCCAAAACCCCGUGACCCUCUUCACUGUACUUUUCAUUAUGCUCUUGUACAUAGUCCUAGGGUUCUGGGCCUUGCACAGAGAUGAAAUGGACAAGUGUCUUAGGGAGCAUGUGGUAGUUCUACCUGAUAACGAUCCUUAUGAUAAUGUAUGUUACCUAGUCACCGUUUUUACAGGAAGCCGUUGUGGGUCUGGGACCAGGGCCAAUGUCUUUGUCCAACUGCAGGGAACAGAGAGUAGCAGCGAUGUGCACUGUUUAAGCCAUCCACAGUUUACAACCCUCUACCGAGGAAGCAUCAGCACUUUCCUGCUAACGACGAAAAAUGACUUGGGGGACAUCCAUUCCAUCCGCGUGUGGCACAACAACGAGGGCAGGUCCCCUAGUUGGUAUUUAAGUAGAAUCAAAGUGGAGAAUCUGUUCAGCAGACACAUCUGGCUGUUCAUGUGCCGGGAGUGGCUUUCUAUUGACACCUCUUUGGACAGAACCUUUCAAGUAACCCCCCCAGAUAAGUCUCUCAACAGAAUGGAUUUUUUCCUUACAGAUUUAAGUUAUAGGCUGGGGAGAAGCCACAUGUGGUUCUCUGUUUUUUCUGGUGUCAUUGCUACACCGUUCAGUAGGCUCCAGAGACUGUCCUGUUGCUUAGCCAUGUUGCUGUCCUCCCUUCUGUGUAAUAUUAUGUUCUUUAAUCUGAAUAAAGAAAAAGAAGCGGAGUCACAAGAGGGGAAGUACCUCAGGUCGAUGGUGAUCGGGAUGGAAAGUGUCUUAAUUACCAUCCCUGUGCAACUAAUGAUCACGUCUUUGUUCAUCUAUUCCCAGAGGAGACCUCAGGUGACCCUAAGGGAGGUCGCUCCUCGGAAGCAUCCGUGGACCCCAGCAGCAAGUGAACACUGGGAAGAACGAUUAGCAAAGUGGCACGCUCAUGAAACUGGCAACGAACGCUCCCAGGAGCCUGAAAAGCUUCCACCUACUAGGAGAAGUCCUGGACUUCCCAAGGCUUCUGUCAAGACCACCUCUAAAAGACGGCCCCAGCCCAAGCGAGCAGAAAGCAAGGUCUCCCGCACCCAAAGAAAAAAUAAAAACGCCAAUAACCCAAACGUUGAAGACAAUCAAAGUGUUUCUCCUGGAGAGCACCCUCGCCAGCCCGGUGCUACACCCCUCAAAGAGAAGACCAGGAUUGUUCUGCCGUGGUGUUGCGUUUAUGUCGCAUGGCUCUUGGUUUUUGUCACUUGUAGCAUAUCCUCAUUCUUUAUUGUAUUUUAUGGACUGACUUACGGCUACAAAAAGUCAAUAGAAUGGCUGUUGGCAUCAUUUUGUUGCUUCUUGCAGUCAGUUUUUCUGGUGCAACCAUCUAAAAUUAUAGUCGUGUCAGGCUACAGAACAAGUAAGCCCAAGUAUUGUGAAAACCUUCCGUGGGUCGGCAGCUGUCGCUACAGUGAGAUCGAGCUGCAGAGCAUCACGCAGAACCCAGAGGAAAUGCGCAGGCGCCAGCAGCACAUCGUCCAGCUCCGAAGCUCGAGGAUGUACCAGCCCCUCACUGAAGACGACAUCACGAUAUUCAAAAGAAAGAAGAGGAUCAAGAGAAGAGCUUUCCUGUUCCUGAGCUACGUCCUCACUCACUUCAUGUUUCUGGCCCUCCUGGUGAGCCUGGUCACCCUCCUACACCACACCGACGGCUUUGACUAUAAUCGGUUUAUUCGGGACCAGUUCUCUGUGGAUCUGGCGUCGGUGACCAAGCCGGAAGACAUCUUUCGGUGGCUGAACAGCGUGCUGUUGCCUCUGCUCCACAACGACCUGCGUCCCACCUUUCUCCCGGAAAGCUCCUCUAAAAUCCUCGGCCUGCCACUGAUGCGGCAGGUGAGGGCGCAACCUGGAGAGAAAACCUGUCUGCCUGCCGAACACUUCACGCAGGACAGCCUCAAAAGAGAGAUUCACUGUCACCCCGAAUACGGCACUGACCCAGAAGACACAAAAAGCUACUCCGGGUUGUGGAAUAGAGUUAGUAAGCGGGCUAUAGACAAGACUACGAAAGGAUUUACUUACAAGCCUCGAGAAAAGAGAUGGGUGUACUAUUCCUAUGGGCUAUUGCAUACCUACGGGUCAGGAGGCUACGCGUUCUAUUUUUUUCCGGAAGAGCAGCAGUUUAAUUCCACACUGAGGCUCAGCGAACUCCAGGGAAGCCGUUGGCUGGAUGAGAAGACAUGGGCUGUGAUCUUGGAACUAACAACUUUUAAUCCAGACACCGCCCUCUUCUGCAGCAUCUCAGUCAUCUUUGAGGUCUCUCGGGUAGGAGUCGUGAACACUAGCCUGUCUGCGCACUCCUUCUCGCUUGCCGAUUUCAACAGAAAAACUUCCGCAGAAAUCUACUUGUACGUGGCCAUCUUCAUUUUUUUUUUUGCCUACGUUGUCGACGAGGUCUACAUCAUCACACAAGAAAGGUCCGCCUACGUGAAAAGUGUAUAUAAUUUGCUCAACUUUGCUUUAAAAUGCAUCUUUACCGUGUUGAUCGUGCUCUUUUUCAGGAAACACUUCUUGGCUGUCGGUAUAAUUCGGUUUUACCUGUCGAACUCUGAGGAUUUCAUUCCCUUUCAUGCAGUGUCUCAAGUAGAUCACGCCAUGAGGGUGAUUUUGGGUUUCCUGUUCUUUCUGACAAUCCUGAAGACCCUCAGGUAUUCCAGGUUCUUUUACCAUGUGCGUCUCGCACAGAGGGCCAUCCAGACUGCCCUUCCCGGCAUCUGCCACAUGGCACUAGUGGUGUCCGUGUACUUCUUCGUCUACAUGACUUUCGGUUACCUGGUAUUCGGGCAGCACGAAUGGAACUACAGUGAUAUGAUUCACGCCACGCAGACAGUAUUCUCCUACUGCGUUUCAGCUUUUCAGAACACGGAAUUUUCCAGUAACCGGGUUCUCGGGGUCCUGUUUCUCUCAUCUUUUCUGCUGGUGAUGAUCUGCAUGUUGAUCAACUUAUUUCAGGCGGUGAUUUUGUCUGCCUACGGGGAAAUGAAGCAGCCCGUGUAUGAGGAGCCCUCAGAAGAAGCAGAAGCAAUGACCUACCUGUGUCGCAGACUAAGAACUGCAUUUGGCUUUCUGUCCUUCAAAUCCAAGGCAGAAGACCAACCCAAGUUCUUUGUCAACAUGGUGUACGGGCAGCCAGAGAAGAACGACAGCCGGUACCUGGGGCUGAAGACCAGAAACAUCAAUGGGAAGAAAACGGUGUAUCUCGUUGUGUGAUCCAUGACGGUUUCAAGGUCCACAGGCCGGCUUCUCUCAAAUGCUCACUUUCUGGGAUUAAGGAACUUGUGCUUUCUACCCGUGUCCUUCACAAUGCACACCCCCUACGUCUGGAAGUGCCCGCAGUCUUGGCCUCCCCUUCGGAACCUGAGGCUGUCAGAAUGCAGUGCAGCCUCUACAGAGAGAGGAGGAGGAGGACAGCCUGCGAGUCCUGGGUUGAUUUCCCUGUGGCUGGGAAACUGGUGUCUUUGGUACCUGCUGCAGUUUAGAAGGUUAGAGACCCAGAUUUGGGGUAGGGAACUCAAAGGCCCCCUCAACCUCACCCCACCUUGCCGGAAGCAGCAGGAAAAUCCUGCUGCUUCUGUGCCCCCCCUCCCUGGGGCUGGGAGGCCAGCACUUGCGCUUCAGUGCCUCAGCCACGCUGGCUCUUCCCUUUGCACACAGGGCUGCAGGGCCUCCCCCACCCUCCCAACUCCGCCGCCCACACUGCAGCUGGGCCAGGGCCUUGUGAUGAGUCUCAGGAGUUGCCCUCGUGCCUGGGAAUGCAGGGAUGUGGACCUGGGGGUCAGAGGUCUGAAGCUUCCCAUCUACUUAAGGCCACUGCAAGUGAAAGAUGUAAAGUGUAAUAACGUUUUCUGGCCAUGAGACGUGACUUUUAUUAAACAGCAGUGUGUGUGGGUGUGGGUUCACACUGAAAGAUAGUAAAUAUUCUAUAUAAUGUGUACAGCAAUAUAUACAUCCAGGAUCUGGGCUUUGGGUUAUUGAUGGCCUGGUGGAUUGUUUAGAAAACAUUGUUUAAGAAAAAUAGGCUAGCAGCUGUUGGAUUUUCACUCCGAAACAUGCUCAUUUAUGUAGAUGCCACUUUAAGCUUGAUCCGAAUUAAAUGUGAGAUUUCUUCUGUGAGACCUGCAGUGAUUCCUGUGAGGG